AUGUCUAUUGAAAACUCUGUUGUUGUUCCAGCGUACCACGAAAAGCUAAAUAUCAAGCCAUUGACCACCAGGUUAUUCCAAGCCUUGGGUAAAGAAGGUUCCAAUAUCACUGAAUUGAUCUUCGUCGAUGACAAUUCCCAGGACGGUUCUGUGGAAGAAGUUGAGGCUUUGAAGAAGCAAGGUUACAACGUCAGAAUCAUCGUCAGAACCGACGAAAGAGGUCUUUCUUCCGCUGUCUUGAAGGGUUUCCAUGAAGCCAAGGGUGAAUAUUUGGUUUGCAUGGAUGCGGACUUGCAACAUCCACCAGAAAGUGUUCCACAAUUGUUGGAUUCUUUGAGAACACAUCCAUUCGUGUUGGGUACCAGAUACGCUGCUGGUGUCGGUAUCGACAAGGACUGGCCGUUGUACCGUAGAGUCAUUUCUAGUGGUGCUAGAGCUAUGGCUAAACCUUUGACUUCUGCCUCUGAUCCGAUGAGUGGGUUCUUCGGUUUGCAAAAGAAGUACUUGAUUCACAAGGAUGCCAAGAAUAUUAAUCCAAAGGGUUUCAAGAUUGCCUUGGAUUUGUUGGUUAAGUUGCCAAUUCCUCCACAAGAACCUAUUGGCGAAGUUCCUUUCUUUUUCGGUGUCAGAACUGAAGGUGAAUCUAAGUUGAGUGGGAAGGUCAUCAUACAGUAUUUGCACCAAUUGAGAGAGUUAUACACCUAUAAAUAUGGUGGCAACAACCUACUGCUGUUCUUCCUAUUCUGGACUAUCCUAGCACUGUACAUUCUGUACCAGGCUUACCACUUGGUAUUCUAG